AUGUGUCAAGAAGCGAGACGUUUACAUCACUUACAGGUAGUCGUUCAAAGACCAUCUUAUGGUUGUCAUCAAGACAGCACAAGUGAGGUGCAGUCACCAGUCAACUCAACUUGUCCGGCACGAUCUCCAACAUCGACAGCUAUUGUCAAAGAGGAAAUGGACUACGGGACUGAUGAUUUCAAGUCACUCCUACAAAACAACCAAAGUCUUGUUGAUGUACUUUCGACCGCAAUGAUGUUUCAGGCGAAUGUUUUCUUAAAACAGCAGCAACAGCAGAACCAACAGACACAGCAUAGCGGUCAAACAAAAACGCAUCAUCGCACUCCGAAAUCGACGACUCCAACCGGUCCCGUUAUUCCCGGUGCUCUCGCUGUUGCUGCCUCACCGGCUGCAGCAUUAUUCGGUGAAGACGACUGGUCAUGGCACCGAAACCCUGCGGCUGCAAUCCGUAGUGGAGGUACCAAUAAGCAAACCCCGGUUUGGAAAUAUUUUGUGUACAGUAAAUCGGAAAACCUUAGCCGUUGUAUUGUUGGUGAUUGCACGUAUCUUCUGAAAGGUCCACAUACGAGCACACUAGCGUGUCAUUUGAAGAAGCAUCCGGCCGAAUAUGCUGAGUUCCAAAAACUGAAGCAAGAAUAUACGCGUGAACGUAACGGUGGUCAGUUGCCUUCGUCACCGUCGUCAUCAACUGCUGGGUCGGUAACCGAUGGAGUCACUGGUCGGCCAAGACCGGGAAGUACCAAUUAUGUACUUAAAGCUGGUCGUCUCAAUGAUCCCACAAAUGGAGUCCUCAACUUAAGCAACAAGAACGCAACGAACUCGGUUGUAAAAAAUAAUGCGGCUAGUACCAUUCUAAAUGCCUUGAACGCUCGAAACAGUGACUAUCCCAGUGUUGGCUUACAGAAUGUCAAUUCUGCUUCGCUGCCAAAUUUGGAACUGUUGAAAAAUGCUGCAGUGACACCAAUGAAUGCUCGAAACACUAUUAAGUUACACUUUCAAAUUUCAGCUGCUGGCGAAACUCUUUUGGCAGCGAACUUCCUUUCUCUUGCUGGCGGUAUACCAAAUGGUAACGUUCUAAGUAGCAGAAAGUGGGGUCGCGAAGAGAGGAAGCAGAAGGACAUGGAGACUCGUUUGGCUCUUAUGCUUUCAGCAACACAACUGCCAACAAAUAUAAUCGAAAACUCUUUUUUUAAAGAAUUUAUUGAAUACGCACAACCGAAGUUUACAGUACCACAAGAUGUCCAGUACUUAGAGGAGAUAAUGAAUACGCAGCACUCCAGAACCGUCAUUAAUAUUAAAAAUCAAAUUUCUAUAGCGAAAAAAGUUGCUAUAAUGAUUGAUGUCUUGAAGUUAACUGCUCCAUCUUCGUCAACAACUUCUCUGUUUGACGACAAGGUAUUUAUAAAAACUUUCUUUAAAUUUCUCAUUUUUUUACCACUGAUGCGUAACUCUCUGUUUGCUAAAGAGAAAAAAGAAGUCGAGGCUAAAGAUUCGGAUAGCGGAUUUGAUGCUUCUAGCGACGAGAAUCAGUCAGCGGAGAAUUCUCCUCGCGUUGCUCUAGCAUCUGAUGAACCACGCCCCAUUGUUCGCCUUUGCAUUUCUGCUGCUUACUGUAGCGCUUUAACUCAACGGAUGGAGGUGGCUUUGCUUGGCGUGAGAGCCCUUGUCGAAGACGGUACAAUAUCAGAAUCCAUUCGCAGUACUGUAAAUCAGGUUCUCGCUGACUACGAGAUUGCACAUGACAAAGUGUCGCGCUAUAUUGCAAAUGGAAUCUCAGAUCUUUUGGAGAAAUCGCCAGCAGCAGGACAGCUAUUUCCAAAAAUGCUAGAACCAUACAACCAAAAGUUGACUCAGUCACUGUUAAACGUCAUUGAUCAGAACGAGACUGUCGAGGAUUUAAAGAAGAGUUUUUACAGCAUGAUCCUCAACUUUAUGACAAAACCACAGGCUAUUGAACUGCUACAAGAAGCAGCUGGACGUUCUGUGUCACUGCCAAUAACUGAUUCGUUUUUAAAUUUAAUUGAUGCUGUUCUUGAACUAAAAGAGCCAUUCUUGUUUGUGUGUUCGCAGCUCUGCUUGGAAAACCCUGGCGAAUUCUUAACGGAAGAAAAAUGGCAGUUAUUAGAUGCAGUUUCACGUCUUCUUCGUCUGUUUCGAGCUCACAUGAACGUCAUUCAAGAUGGGACGUACGCGACAAUAGACGGUGUUGUACCCUCUUUGAUGCAACUGCAACUCUCUCUCGAUAAGGACUUUGGAAUGCUUGGAGAUUUAGCCAGUCAGUUAAAAGCGGAUCUCCGUCAACGUACUGCUUCAAUUCUCGACAUUUCUUCACCAGAUUUUGAUGGCUCAUUCAUUCAGGCGACAGCAUUGAACCAUCAAUUAGCUCUACUUUUGGACGAUGAACAGCUUGCGUAUGCAAAGAACGCUAUUGAAAGACAGCUAAACGAGCGAAUGAGAGCAGCUGAAGAAGCAGUUGCACGCCGUAACUUAAAACUAAACGGCGGAGUUGACGCGCUACUGGCAGCAGUUGUCGAUCGGAAAACAUCAUCGUCGUUAUCGACCCUAUCUUCAGGAAGUGCUGCUACGUCCCCGGAGGCUCCGGUAGCGCCUGGUUUAUCGUCGUCAUCUUCACUGUAUCCCGAUCUAGUUCAUGCCGCUAAUGAGAGACGCAAGAUUAUGCAGGAGCGUCAGCAAAAUGACUCCAAGAACCGUUAUGCAGAAGCAAUCAUCCAGUCAUACUUUGACGAAUUGGCUUCUGGAACAACGCAACCACUAUCUGGUAGCCCUUUAACGGCUUCUUUCACACGAGGCAUUCCGAACGGGUUAAGUGGACGACACCUGCUGCCACUACAGUUUUGGCAAGUCAACGCUAUCAAAUGUGGUCAUCUCGCGGAAAUAGCAAUUGAACUUCUAACAAUACCAUCUUCCACUGUGUCGCUCGAGCGAAUUUUUGCCAACUCAGUGGCAGAUUCAGUUGAUGGGUCGUUGUCACAAGUGAUGUUCGAUCCGAUUUCACUUCUGAAAUCGAUCGAUGAUCCGCAACGUAUGGAACGUGAUGUUAUGUUGCGGUUUAACAGGAAUUUGAUACCGCGAGUUUGA